UCAAAAACCAUCCUAUCUUCAUACCAAAUCACCAAACCAUGCCUUCGCACGCUGAAUCAAAGACAUCAACAGCAGUCUCCUCCUCCUCCUCUUCAACUACCAUCCCACUAGCAACCUCCCUCACACUCGCCGUUACCCUCAACGUCCUCCUCCGCCUGUUUGUCUACCCCACCUUCGAGCCUGCAUGGGGCAUCUGGGCUGUCCUCCCCGGCACUAUGGCAAGUGGCGUUACCUGGGUCGGCGUUUAUCGCGCGUUAUCCGGGCAGGCCGGCAUCAUCAACCCGUGGCUCAACGUCGCUGUCGGCUUCUGCCUCGGUGUUGGGGUUGACAGGGUGUUUGAGCGUCUGUGCAGAGUUUGUUGCCAGGCAAGCGCACGUCUCAAGGCACCGGCACUGGGUUGAGCACAUCGUGGAUACAAGGCGGUGAGGGAAUUUGCCUCUCACUGUUGGGAGGAAGGUAUCGCAAAGUCGUCAACAGGCACACCGUAAGCUUGUCGGAGUGUUCCCGUCCUCCCCUCAUGAUCAGACUGUAUGGCUUACAUGUAUAUUGAGGCCAGGCGAUGGUACUGUACCUACGCAGCAAAUAUGUACACCUCCAGCACUGUCUGUCGUAACCACUGUGGCCGCUCGAGCCUCCGCCCGCCUGCAAAAAUAGAAGGAAGUGAGGUGGAC